AUGAUCAAUGCAUGUCGUGAUUAUUAUCGAGACAAUGAAAGAGAGUUACAAUCAAUCGAUGAAUUUGAAAAAUACUAUACAAGUAAAGAAUGUAUUCAAUGGUACACAAGAGAGACUUUUGUCUAUAAAAUGGUGAAUAAAGCAUUACGUACAGAAGAUGUUGAACAACUGCAUACAUUUCGUUUCUUUAUUGCCGAUCUAUCAUCAACACUGGCAAAUGAACACAAGAAGAUGAUGGAGAAGCCUAAUGAUGGGAUGAUAAUCACGACUGUUUAUCGUGGUGUUCGAUUAUCACUGACUGAACUUGAAGAAUUUCGAUCAAACGAGGGUAAACUCAUUUCAAUUAAUGGUUAUUUAUCUACAAGUCGUUCGCGUUGCAUAGCAAUGAAUUUUACUGUAAAUGAUAGAAAACAAAUUGAUUCUGUUCCGGUACUGUUUGAGAUUGAAUGUCAAAAUGAAGAAAGUGCCUGCUCCAUUUUUGCAGAUAUAACGAGUUUCAGUAAUUUUUCCAAUGAGCAAGAAGUUCUAUUUGAUUUAGGUGCUGUUUUUAAAGUCCAGACAGUUAGCAAAGAAAAUGAUAUGUGGAAGAUUUGCUUAAGCGCAACAAGUGACGGACGAGAAAUUGCUAGACAGUACAUCGAAGAAAUGAAGAAAGAAAUGCAAGGAGAUAGUGUACUAAUAUUCUUUGGGUCACUAUUGACUCGGAUGGGUCACUAUCAGACAGCUCAAACUUAUUUUCAACAAUUAUUAAAAAAUCCCGGAGACGAAAAUCUUGCUUAUAUUCACAAUCAACUUGGCCUAGCUUGUCAAGCGAAGGCUGAGUUUGAUCAAGCCAUGUAUCAUUUUGAUGCAGCCUAUCAACUGAUGAGAAAGUCGCGUCCAUCUCUUCUUCGAGAUUCAGCACAUGUAUUGCGUAAUAUGAGUCAUGUUCUAAUGGAGCAAGGGCAUUAUGAAAAAGCACUUAAGCACUGCAGUGAAGCCAAAACACUUUUGGAAGAGUUGAACGAUUCGUAUCAACUCGAAAUAGCACAUUGUCUGCAUAGUAUCGGAUCGAUUUAUCGAGGUCUAUGCAAGUAUGUUGAAGCAAUCACUUAUUAUGAACAAGCAUUAAAUAUCAAACGAGCUUGUUUACCUGAAAUUCAUGUUCACAUUGCUGAAACUUUGAAUUCAAUCGGUCUUGUUUAUCUAAUGACCAAUGAUAUUGAAAAAGCAUUUAAUUUUUGUCUUUCAUCUCUUGAAAUGUUUCAGACAUGUUUGCCGGAAGAUCAUUCUGACAUUGCUGAUGUUCUUCAUAAUAUAGCCGAUUGUUAUCAUAGUAAACGUCAAUAUGAUAAAGCUCUUCAACAUUAUCAUCUUGCACUGGCUAUGAAAAAAAAAUGUUUUCUUCCAGGCCAUCCAUCAAUAGCUACGACUCUUAAUAACAUUUCCACCGUACUUAGUGCUAAGGGAGACAAAGUCAAAGCACUUGAAUUAUGCUUGAAAUCGUUAAGAAUGCGACAACGAGUAUUACCUUUUGAUCAUCUAGAUCUAGCAACAAGUUUAAGUAGUGCAGGACAUAAAUAUGAAGCAAUGAAAGAAUAUCAACUUGCUUUGGAAUAUUUCAAGAAAGCAUUAGCAAUUCGAGCAAAAUUUUUAUCGGAAGAUAAUCCAGUACGUAAAAGAACAGAGAGACAUGUCAUUCGUAUGAGAUGGAAAGUAACGUGA